GUUCUCCUAACGAUGGCUUCUGGCUCUUUCCACUAUUGUUCAUGAUGUCACUGUCUGUCCUAAAUGUAUUCAUGAGAACGAGAAUGUGGCUGACAUGGAAAGGCCUAAAAAAAAUAAAAAUAAAUAAAAUAAAGAGUAUUUACUUUCUCCUUUCCUCAUGAACUAGCAGACUUGAAGGCAAAGGAUCGUGGACAAGGCACAAACCAAAUAGAAAAGAAAACGGAAUCUGUUAUGCAUGAGAUUGUUACUUUGCAAUUUGGCCAUUAUGCCAAUUUUGUUGGGACGCACUUCUGGAAUACUCAGGAGGCCCAUUUCAACUAUCAACCAUCUGCUCAGGAUAAUGAUGCUACUCCAGAACCUCUUGACCACGAUUGUCUAUACCGGACUGGAAUAACGAACAGAGGCACCGAAACAUAUACACCAAGAGCCAUGAUCUUUGAUUUAAAAGGGGGCUUCGGCUCAAUCAAUAAGUAUAGGUUGUAUGAGUCAGAAUCGGCUCUUGACCACUACGAUCUGUCAUGGGAUCCUUCAAAGAUGGAGACGUUUCAGGAGGAAGAAUACUCCAAAUCUGCCUAUCAGAAGCACUUAGAGGAAGAAGAGAUGGGCAUAACUAUGGAGGAAGGGGAAGACGAUAUAGAAAUGAAUGAAAUCAAAACUUGGUCUAAUUUCAGCCGCGUGUAUUUUCAUCCAAAAUCCAUGGUGAAUGUCAGUGGAUAUCAGUUAAACAGUGAAUUUAUGCCCUUUGACGUAUUCUCAUAUGGACGAUCAGCCUUUGUCGAGACCGAGAAGGAGAAGGAAUCAUACGACGAAAACUUUAGAUUAUUCACAGAAGAAUGUGAUCAGCUGCAAGGGUUUCAAGUCAUGGCGGACAUUCUAGAUGGCUGGGGCGGAUUCGCCACCAGUUACCUUGAGCAAUUGCGAGAGGAUUUUCCAAAAGCUACCGUAGUCACCUAUGGUCUGAGUGACAAUCAGAUGAGAAAAAGUUCCACCAUGAAAGAGAGCCAGAUAUCAGCUGUCAAUGAAGUGUUAUCAAUGACUAACCUUUCAGGCUUGUCGUCGUUUUAUAUUCCUAUUCGUGCCCCAAGUCUGUCUACAGUUGAUACAACCGAAUGGUCAAAAUAUAUUCAGUUUGAUCCUUCAAGUCGAUAUCAUACAAGUGCCAUCAUCUCAGCGGGUAUAGACUCUGCACUCCUACCAUGCAGACUGCGCCACAACGUAAUUCAUAUGCCAGAUCUUGUGGGCUUGCUAAACUGGAGGAAUAUCACGACUAUCGGUACACUGUCCGUGGCGUUGCCCUUUCCUUUUGGCGCAGCGACGUUGCCUCGAUUGAUAGGUCCGCAUUCGCCACUUUUAGAUCUAUCCUCAUGGAAAAUGAAUUUAGUUGAUAAGGCCUUUUCUCACUCUCUAGUAUUACGAGGACUUGAAAUGAAUCAAUUUACUAAAUAUACCACUGGUACUCAGAGGGCCCCAAACGAACUUGUAGAAGAGCUGCUAGGCACAUUACCGAUUGGAAAGUCACUGAGUGACUCAAGGACCAUUACGGCACUGAAGUAUCCCAUACCAACAUCAUAUCCUCGCUUUUUCAAAGGAUUGACCCUUGAUGGUUACCUGGAGACAGAUAAUUACUCGUCUAACAUCCGUCCAGAUGGAACAAGUAAAGUCAACUCAAUGCCAACUCUCACAAGGCUGGCGGCAUCCAGCACCACGCGCUGGCAACUACAGAUGCUUUCAAAUUCUGUCAAAAAAAUUGACUGGCGUCUGUUGCCGCAAUUUCAGUUGGAUGGGCCUGGCAGCGUUUGUAGUGAAGAGUUUACAGAAGCCAAGGAGAUUAUCUUGGAUAUGUACGACAUUUACAACGAAUAAAAGCAAUAAAAACCUUUUAGUGUCCUC